UGGCCGUGGAAACACCUCCCCCUGGCAUGGCUCCAGGCCUCAGGAAAGUCCAGUUUCCUACGCAGACCUUCCUCCCGAGAGCAAUGAGAGCCAUGUUUCCCAUCGUGCUGUCUCUGCCCCUCCUUCUGGGUCACACAGUCCCCCAGGAGCCCCAAGCCGGUCCUUACUCUCUGGUCUUUCUCUACACUGGAUUGUCCAGGCCCAGUAAAGGCCUCCCCAGAUUUCAAGCCACCGCCUUUCUCAAUGACCAGGCCUUCUUCCGCUACGACAGUGACGGCGGCAGGGCGCAGCCCGUGGGACUGUGGGCUCAGAUAGAAGGAAUGGAGGACUGGGAGAAAGAGAGCCAACUUCAGAGGGCCCGGGAGGAGAUCUUCCUGGAGACCCUGAAAGACAUCAUGGGCUAUUACAAAGACAGUCAAGGGUCCCACACCUUUCAGGGAAUGUUCGGCUGUGAGCUCGGGAGUAACAGGAGCAGUGGAGCAUUCUGGAGGUACGCAUACGACGGACGGGACUUCAUCGAGUUCAACACAGAGAUCCCAGCCUGGGUCCCCUUAGACCCGGCAGCCGAGGACACCAAGAAGAAGUGGGAGGCAGAGAGAGUCUAUGUGCAGAGGGCCAAGGCCUACCUGGAAGAGGAGUGCCCCCGGCUGCUGCGGAGGCACCUGAAUUACAGCAGGUCUCACCUGGACCGGCAAGUCCCUCCCACUGUGUCAAUCACCAGCCACGUGGUCCCAAGAAGAAACAGUACACUCAAAUGCCUGGCCAGUGACUUCUACCCUCAAACCAUUAGCCUGCACUGGAGCAGGGCCGGCAAGGUGUGCAAGUCCAGAUCAGGAGAUGCUCUUCCCAGUGGAAAUGGCACUUACCAGUCCUGGGUGACAGUGAAAGUCCCCCCUGAAGACAGAGCCCCCUACUUCUGCCACAUAGAGCACAGUGGGCUGAGCCAGCCUCUUGCGGUACAAUGGAAUGAAAGGCAGAAAGCAAAGACUAAAGUCACUUUGGGGGCGCAGCCUCAAUAAGUCGCCCUUUCUUUCUGACACAAGAGAUCUGGACUCUGGAAAUCAAUGUCACUGAUGAGGUCCCCGGGAAAAGCAGUGGAAGGGGCGGUGAGAAUUCAGAUGGUGGGUUUGGAGACAGAGGACAGGAACGCUAACCACUGACCUGGCUCUACCUGCCAAAUUGCCUCACCUUGUAACACUUCCCAUCGUCUGGUCUGUAAAGCCUCACAAUAAUCCCUGUGCCUAACAGA